AUGUCUUCAACUAAUGAAAACACUAAAAGAAAACGUAAUAAGCCAUGUGAAAAUUGUCGUGCUCAUCGAAGAAAAUGUAAAGUAACUCAAGGGACUCAAUGCGAUCGAUGCAUUAAAAUGGACUUAACUUGUGUGUUUAAAUAUACUGCAAAACCAACUGUUGUAAACAAAUCGAUACCCAUUUCUAAAAAAAACAAAAUGAUAGAACUAGUUCGUAGUAUAGAACAAGAUAUGCAGACUAUGGAACAACAAUUGAAACUAUUAAAUGUAACUAUUCAACUUCCUUCAAAAGAACUCUUUAGUAACUUCUGUUCAAAUUUGAAUUAUACCGGAAAUAACUGUUUAUAUAAUCCUAAAUCAAAUGGUAUCAUCAUUCAACAUGAUCCUUCUACUUCAUCAGAUCGUAUAGUAUACGAUAAUACCUCAACUACAACAAAGGAUAGUGUUACUCAAUCUUGUAAAAAAAAGGAAAUACCAUCAUGGCAACUAACCAUUUCACAAGGAUCAGAAGGCAUCAUCUUUCAAACAUCUAUUAAAAACGUUGCUGAUCUUUCCAAAUUCCUAACUGAAUCACUUCAUCGUUUUACUUCAACGAAUAACAUUUUUUCAUCCUCAUUAUUACAUCCACCUAGUUAUCAUAUCAAUUAUACUUCACAUCGACUAAAGAUUACCAACAAAAUGCUAAAAGUAGAAUGUCUCCUUCAUGGCUUCUUUCAAAAAGAGCAACCUUCUCAACAACGACACACUUUAAUUACAGUGGAUAAUCAGCAUAUAUCAAAUAAAGAAAUACGUUGUAAAAUGAAACAAUAUUUAGUAAAGUCUUAUUUUAAUUGUACUGGUUUGAUUACCCCUAUGCUUUCAAAACCUUAUUUUUUACCUCUUUUGCAAUCAAAGCAUAACUCACUGAUUUCAACCGCUAUUUCAGCUUUUGUCAUUUAUGCACAAUGUCAUUAUGUAUUGCCCCUAAUUCCAUCAAUAACCACUUUACUGUCAAUGUCACGAGAAGAAUUUGCAGAGUCACUUCGACAAGAAGCAAAAGAAUUAUUACGAGAUGCUUUAUUUGACCAAGAGCCUAGUAUAUUUAUUGCUAGUUCCCUGAUGCUAUUAUCACAAUGUGCAUUGAUCACACUCGAGAAUGCAGAAGCUCGCUUAUACAUAAAUCUCGCUUGGCGUAUGGUCCUUCAGCUUAAAGAUCAAUAUCAGGGUAUCCUAAGUACUUUAACACCUUUCACACCUGUAACGCUUGAAAUUAUAUACGCAGAAUCAUGGCGACGUAUAUUUUAUGCUGUACGUUAUAUGGAACUUAGUCUACACAUUAUUCGUGAUGGCCUUAAUGGUCUCCCCUCUAUGUUGUUCGAUAGCGGUAUAGGCUUACCUAUUGUUUUGUCUAAUGAAGCACAAGAUGAAGACAUCUCUAAUGCACUUUCUGCCUUUCAUUAUAACAUUCUUUUACAGAAUUUUACUACCAUUAGUUUUACCUAUACUUCCUCCUCUUCCUCCUCCUCCUCAUCAUCAUCAUCACCACCCUCUAUGUAUCUGUGUGAGCUCAGAUAUCAUUUGAUUGGAGGACACUUGGAUUCCAUUUCAAUACAAGACGUUGAACAACUUGAAAAUCAACUCAUUUCUUUUUGGAAACUACUUCCUGCGUCAUAUCGUUUAUCAAAUUUACCCUUGUUAGAAUAUUUACAAAUAGACAGUAUUCAACAAUGUACGAAUACAUUUGCAAUUUAUUUAAAUCAAGCUUAUUAUUCUCACUGGAUAGCUUUAGAGACACGAAUCAUGCAAUCACCUUCAUCUACAGAUUUAAAAAGUGCCUGUAUGUCACGAUUUGAUGGUGAUCGUGCCUUAUUGAUCGUGUCUGUCUGCUGUGACGCAAUUACUAAAAUUUUUCAAGUGUUAUAUCAUCGAUUGCCCUGUGCAGUUGAGCUACAUUGGCUGUUAUUUGCGUGUGACACUUUAGGAAUGUUAAAAAAGGCUGCUAACUUAUCUAUUCGAGCAAGGGCAAAGAAGAACCUGCGUAUCACAUUACAAAUUUUGAAACAACGUGUCCAACUAUUAGAUAACAGUAUGAAUGUAUCAAAUAUUAACUUUGAUAAGAGUCAUUUUUAUCAUCAAGAAGAAUUAGAAAAACAGUAUAGUGCUUCCUCUUCAAGCAAUUAUAAUCAUACUCAUGUUUUAUCUGAAGCAAACAGUACACCACCAUCUGAUAGUUUUGGAAGUAUGUCAGAUUCAGGAAGUAUACAUUCAGAUGAAGUUAUCCUAUCUUCUUCAUCUGCGGCUUUUUUUAGUGAAUUGAGGAAGACUCUUUACACUUAUUUUGAUAACAGUGAACAGUCUACCUAA